UCAAAAAACAACAACAACAAAGAAAUACAUAAAAUAAUAAUAAAUCGGAUUUUAGGUGCAACACAAUAACAACUCCAACAACAACAGCAACAACAACAAGAACCACAUCAAGAGUAUAGUGAUAAAGCAAAAUACGCACAACCACACCAACUAAAGAAAGAGAGGAUAUCAAAUAAUAACAAAAACAGAACAAAACACGAUUAACAUCUUCUUAGUUGUCUUUAAUGCUGCAUAUAUCCUAAAAGUAUCCUUCACACUUGCCAUCUUGCUGUUUUAGCGUGUGUCCCUUUUGUAUGUGUGUGUGUGCGUCUGCAGUAUCCAGUAUCCAGUGUCCUUAGUCUGCUUAUCGCCAAACCUACUUUCCCGCCCCCGCCAAACCAACACACUUUAUCUUUCUUUCUCGCUCUGUGUGUCUCUCUCUCUUUCUCUUUCUCUUUCUCUCUGUGUGUCUCUGUUCUCUAUCUCUUUCUCACUAUCCAGCCCUGUUUUUUAUAUGGGUGUCCAGCACUAGCAAACUAGAGCACCCACUCUGCCAAGCAACCACAGCACGACUUGCAACCACCGCGCGUCGCCAAGCAGCGGGCCAACAACAGCAACCACAACAACAACAAUAGCCACAACUAGAACAAGUACAAGAACAACAAGAACAAGAACCACCGUUACAGUUUACAGUUAGCACCCGACUCAGCGCCCGCACCCGCACCCGCGCCCGCGCCCGACCAGCACCACAAUUGCACAUUACUACCAUAGAUACCCACGGCAGUAUUACUACCGCAUGGAGCGCGGCACCAGCGGUGGUCAGCAGCAUCAGUCGCAGUCGCACCACCAGCAGCAGUCGCACCACCAACACCAACAGCAGCAACAGCAGCACCACCAUCAGCAACAACAGCAACAUCAGUCACGACACCAGCAUGUUGUUUCGGUGCACAACUACGAUCCGUAUUUGACGGCGGGCGAUGCGGAUGAGGCGCACACCUCGGGCACAUCGUCCUUUGACAAUCCUGCGACGAAAAAGAAACCACCCAAGCUGAAGCCCAUCCAUCGUUCACUCUCGAUGGCCAUUGAAAAUUAUGCACCGUUGGCUACCGAUCUGGAGUUUGAUGCGGAUGAAGGGUUUAUUGUGCAUGAGCAGCCGCUGAUCCACCGCUCGGCGUCGCCGCUGCCCGUGCGCUCGUCUGCACCGCCGCAGACCCUAGCACUCCCAACAACAGCACCACUACUACAACAACAACAACAACAACAACAACAUAUUCCCCAACAACAUACGCAUGUGGUGGCUGCUGGCGGCAGCGGUUCCGUAUCGCCGGCACUCUCCGCACGCCAGCACCACCACCUACAACAACAACAACAGCACCACCUACAACAACAACAACAACAACAACAACACCACCAACAACAACAACAACACCAGCUGCAUAUGCACACUUUUCAGCAACUGGCCGCUCAGGCACAGGCUGCUGCGAGGCACCACCAAUUGCCAGCACAUAGUACGCAUGCGCAUCAGCACCGCCAACACCACCCGCACUCGAGCUCCACAAGCUCACCCACCUCGCAUGCGGUCAGCCCAAUACUCGGCCAGCAGCAGCAGCAGCAACAUCUACAACAGCAACAUAGACAACAGCAACAACAGCCGGAUAUUUAUCUGGUCAGCAGCAGCAGCCUGGGCGACAAUGUGGGCGGAUUGGGCUUGGGCAUGGGCAUGGGCAUGGGGAUGGGCAUGCACAGCGGCAGCACAUCACCGAUACAGUUCAUCGAUGUCGAUGAUAUGCUGCCACGGGCUGCUGUCGUCGCACAGCAGCAGCAUUUGAAAAAGAAUCUCUUCCGUCGCUCCGACACAAUUGACGUUCAUCCGUCUACCAAUUUUCAGAUGAAGAAAACGCAUUCCUUCCACGCCCAACAGGAUCCCGCCGCAAUGGAGCAAAUCCAGCUGGCCGUUGCCGCCGGCUCGGCGAGCUCCAGUCGUCGCACCAGCUCGGUGCGCGCCAACUUUCUUAUGCCCGGGCCGCCAGCCGGUGGCAAGGAGAUCUCCCGUUCGCCAUCGCCCAGUCGACGGGGCUGUCGUUCGCAUCGUUCGUUUAACGAUCCGGGUCGUCGGCCCAGCAGCAAACCGGAUGCGCUCGCCGAGUCCCAGAUACGACAUGCCUCGCUGAACGAUGAUCUGAUGGAGCCAAUCGACAAUCGAUCACUCUUUCCACAGUCGAAUCUGUCGCUGGAGAACGAGCUGUUUGUGGAAUCGCGUUCGCGGAGCAAUAGUCACACCAAAAUGGAGGAUCUGGGCAUCGCUGAGCUGGCGACAGCCGCUGUGGUCGUGCAGCGCAUGCGCAAGAGCUCCGGUUCAUUCGAGGAGACUGCGCCUGGUCUCGCCGCCGGUCACAGCGCAACCCAUCCGCCCGCCACAUCCGCCUCGAACAGCAUUAAGCAGAAGCGCGAACCGCAUCCCCACUCCCGACAGCAGAGCACCCACAGUCUGGAGCUCGAUGGACGACCAUCCACCAGUAGUGCCGCCGCUGCCGCCACGCAUACGAUGCAUUUGCAUAGUGCGGCGGCAGCGGCAAGUGCCGCCUAUCAUUUCAAGCGGGGCGCACAACACGGUCGCUCCCUGUACCUGUCGCCCAGCAAUCUCGAGGAGCUCACGGUGCACCGGCCGGGCGUGCUGGCUGCCGCCGCCGCCUUCCAGGGUACCAAUGCCAGCGCCAGCGUCAAGCAGGCCAAAGCGAUGCACAGCGCCAGCGUGCGACUGCGCAGCUAUCGCGAGGCACUAAGUGCGUCCAAGAAGUCCAAGAGCUUCAUUGGCGAAGGCAGUGGGAGCGUUGGCGUUGCCGGUGCCGUCGAUGAUUUUGAGCUGAGUUCACCCCACCGACGCAACAGUCGUCCGCUCUCGACAGCGGUGCCCGGCGGCGUUACGGGCGCCGCUGUUGUCAAUGUGGACGAGAUUAAGCGCAGUCCACGUCCAAUAUCCGCUGCCGCUGUCGCCGCCGCGUUCAUCGAGGAGAAGCGUCCGUCGUUCGAGAGGAAGGCAUCACUCACCUACGAGCAGGAGCUGAGCGAUGCGGCAUUUGCGGCCCAGGUGCUGCGACCCUUUCAUCACAAGCUGGCCGCCGGACGCAAGGCAUCCAUUAGCGGUGGCUCGCACAAGCUCAAAAAGAAAUCGCUCAGCGAUGAGACUGAUGAGGAUGAGGAGGCGGAUCGCAAGCGAAAGCGGAUCGUUUGCAUUGUGCUCGCCACGGUGCUGCUGUGCCUUGUCUGUGCCAGCGUAUUCGUUGUCAUUGUUACGCUCACCUCCGGUCAGAGCCAGUCGGGGAAGAAGGCGCACUCCUUCAGCAGGGACACGCCUGUCCACUAUACGGGCAUGCGACCAUCAUGAACUUCAACGACAGCAAUUGUAACUGCAACUGAUAUUUCGAUGACAUUUUUGGCUUUCACUUCCGUUUCCGCUUCUUUUUCUGCUUCCUGCUCAUCUUGCUUUGCCACGUUGUCACUUCUCCAGUUUACUGCUCUCUGUGUUCGCGCUCGUCAAAAUCGGAGCCGCUUCGUUGCGAGUCCCCUCGACUGCCACAAAGCAGUCGCAACAUUGGCCAAAGCAAUCAGCAACUGGUCAACAGAGAAGCAACAGCAGCAGCAGCACCAGCAACAACCACUCUUGGCCAAAACAGUGCGCCAGAGAUGCAACUGAAUAUUCACACUUAACUG